ACAGAGGCAACAAGCAACAGAAUAGUUUGGUUUGAUCGCUUUAUAUUUGUCUAGAACUAUAACCUUGAAGAAGUUGCUUAAACACGAUAUUUUUGUUAUUGAUGUUAUAAAUUUUAAAAACAUGCCACCUAAUCAAGAUUCUAGUGGAGAAUCUGGAUCAGAUUCAGAUAGUGGCUCAGUAUCAUCAGGUAGCCAUGUCUCUUCUAAAGCACGUUCAGGUACUCCAGGUUCUCGACAUACAAGGUCUCCCUCAGCUCCAGGCAGCCACAAGUCUGAAAGUCCUAAGUCAACAGGUACUAAAGGGUCUCCGCAGCAUCGCUCAGCAUCAAAUUCUCCUAAAAGCCAUAGAUCUGGUAGCCACGUGUCACGCGCCAGUAAUAGAUCAGGCAGUCCAGCAAGUAACAGAUCUGGUAGUCCAGCUUCUCAAGGUAGCCGUCGUUCAGGCAGUCGAGGAAGCAAUCGGUCGGGUAGUCACGUCUCUCAAGCAAGUAACAGAUCUGGAAGUCAUGUUUCAAGAGCAAGCAACAGAUUAGGAAGUAGAACAUCAAGGGGGAGUAAUAGAUCAGGGAGUCACACUAGUAACAGGUCAGGCAGCAGAGCAUCAAGAGCGAGUAACAGGUCGGGAAGUAAGACCUCAAGAGCAAGCAAUAGAUCAGGAAGUAAAAAUUCAAGAGUGAGUAACAGAUCAGGGAGUAGGACCUCAAGAGCUAGCAAUAGAUCUGGUAGUAGAGGUUCAAAUGCGAGUAAAAGAUCAGGCAGUCAGACAUCGAAUGCCAGCAGACGAUCCGUUAGAUCUGGCAGUCAAGCAAGUAAAAGAUCAGGCAGUCAUGUCUCGCAGAGAUCUAGAAGUCGUUCUGGGAGUCAGACGUCCAGACGAUCCGGUAGCCAGACGACUAGAAGAUCCGGAAGUCGAGCUUCUAAAAGAUCUGGUAGUCAAACGAGUAGACGCUCCGACAGUCAGACAAGCAGAAGAUCAUCGUCUGCUAGCUCAAGAAAGAGCAUGAGAUCCAGAAGUGGAUCUGCUGAUAGCAAAAGAUCUGGCAGUGGAUCAAGGAAAAGUGGCAGCCCCAAGUCAAGGAAAUCAAGAAGCCCUGAUAAAAGCGACGAUGAUUCUGAAAAAUCACUAAAGAUCGCAGCUGACGACAGCGGCAAGAAAAGGCCAAAAGAGAGCGACGAUUCUGGCUCGGAAAGCGAACAUAUAACCAAAAAGAAACGAAGCCAACUUAUUGAUUCAGAUUCCGAGCCCGAUGAUGAAAUGAAUCGUGCAACGAAUGACACGAUGGAGGAUCUACCAACAGCUGACGCUCUGUUUGGUGAUGCCGACGAUAUUAGCAGCGAUGACGAUGAUGAGAUAAAAGAAAGCGAGAAAGAAGGGGUAGCUAUAAAGAAAAGUCGAAGUAGAAGCAAAAGCCGAAGCAAGAGCAGAAGCCGCAGUCGGAGCAGAAGCAGAAGUGGUAGUAGAGCAAGAUCGCAAGAAAGACAGCAGCAAGCUGGUAUUGAAGGUGACGAAGAGAAAGUGAAGGAAGAAGAGCCUGAACCACUUCCAGAGACCAGAAUCGACGUAGAGAUUCCAAAAAUAACCACUGAUCUCGGCCGUGAGAUUCACUUUGUCAAACUACCUAAUUUCUUAUCAGUGGAAACUCGACCCUUUGAUACUGAAACAUAUGAAGAUGAAAUCGAUGAAGAAGAAACUUUGGACGAAGAAGGUCGCGCUAGGCUCAAACUUAAAGUUGAGAACACGAUUAGAUGGAAAGAAAUAUACAAUCCCGAAACCGGUAAAAUGGACAGGCUAAGCAACGCCAGAGUAGUUAGAUGGUCAGACGGCAGUAUGUCACUACAUCUUGGCUCAGAAAUUUUCGAUGUCUACAAACAACCUUUGCAAGGAGAUCACAAUCACCUAUUCAUUCGACAGGGUACUGGUUUGCAAGGUCAAGCAGUUUUUAGGACAAAACUUACUUUCCGUCCUCAUUCGACCGAGUCAUUUACGCAUCGUAAGAUGACUAUGUCUUUAGCUGAUCGAUCACAGAAAACAACUGGUAUUAAAGUUCUAUCUCACGUGGGUAUGAAUCCUGACCAGAAUAAAUACGAGAUGAUUAAGAAAGAGGAAGAAAAACUACGCAUGGCAAUGCGAGCUCAAUCGAAGCCUAAGAAAGAAAGGAGUGGUGGCAGAGGAGCUAAUCGUGCGGCAGCUCAUUACAGUAAUGAUCCUUAUCACGAUGAGAAUUCUGAUGAUGAAAAUGCUAUUUCGCUUUCGGCUAUCAAGAAUCAAUUCAAGAAAUCUGCUGCUGGUGGUGUUUCACAAUUGGCAAAUAACAUUUAUUCAUCGGAUGAAGAAGGAUCGGACUUUGAGGCAGGUCGAACAAAGAAACACAAUAAGAGUAAAGCUCUUAAAGAUUCAGACGAAGAGUCAAAGUCAGGUUCAGAGGAAGAAGAAUCUGCAAGUAACGAGGAGAAUGAAGCAGCAGAAAAAAGUAAUAGCGAAGAUGAAUAGACUUAGGAACUUUCAUCAUGUAAUUACACACAUAUUGUAACUGUAUUUUAUAUCGUAAGACAAGACUACGAAAUAUAAAAGGAAGAAAUUGUUUUCAUAAUUAAUGAUUUCUAACUUCAUUUAAAAUUCUUUCUAUUUACCACAAAAAAAAUUGUUAAAAACAAAGAAAAAAAGAUGUAAAUAAACAAGAAGCGAAAU